CGUCGGCUGUCCUUUAGCAGCAUCAUCAGCCUGCCACCAGCCAGCACGAGACGAGAGGAGAGAGGCGAGGACGGACGGAAGGAAGGAAGCGCUGCGGAAGCACUACCGGCUCUGGAGCGUGGGCGUUCGAGUGGAGCCUUUUCUCGGGCCGGGACGGGAAGGAGGAAAGCAAGAAAGCAAGAAAGAAUGAAAUGAAGCCAAAGAACGCGACGGAGGGAUUGAUUGGAGGCAGGGAGGGAGAUGUUCGUGGAGGAUAUGAUUUGCGGUUUGGUUGCCGAGUCUGAGCCUGGGCCUGCGAUUUCAGAGUUUGUGGAUGGUGGAAGGAGGGGGAAAUCGUUGUAUGGAGGUUGGGGAGGACGUGGGAGUUGUCUGGAAUUCUGAGACGAGUUUGUUCCGAGGUGGUGGACGGAAACGAGGAAGACAAAAUGCUGAUCGUUUUUUUGAUGGACACCAGCGCGUCCAUGAAUCAGCGCUGUGCCAAUGGAUUAUCUCUGUUGGAUUGCGCCAAAAGUUCUGUGGAGCAUUUUCAUAAGGUGCGUUCACGGGAUGCAUCAAGUCGACUGGACAGGUAUAUGUUGGUCACAUGUGAAGAUGGCCCGGAUGCUAUCAAGGCUGUGGAUAAAUAUCCUUUUACGCAUUUCAUGCGUGCCCUGAAGAGUGUGCAAGCUCGAGAUCUGACAAACAUAGGCUCAGCCAUGCAGAGAAUCUUCAGCUUCCUUCAUGUGCAAAGACUGGCAGUCGACAUUGAUAAAUUUGGUCAGGGACGCAAUCCAUGUCAGAUUGAUCCGACAACUAUCAUGCUCCUUACAGAUGGCACAGAACUUACCUCUUUGGCAGGUGUUACUGCUCAACUUCAGUUCCCCGGUCCCGUGGUUGGUGCUGAUUUACAAUCGCAGCCUUUCAGAUGGGAUCAGCGUGUCUUUGCAACUGUUCUUAGGAUACCCUCUGUAAGCUCAGCGGUUCUGGAAAGAAGCGGCCCUAUACCCCAAAACGCUCCAAUAUCUGGAUCGCAUAUUGCCGUUCAAAUGGACAACACCAUUUCUACUUUUUGUGAAUACACUGGAGGCAAGUGUUUUGUUGCAACUAGCUGGAAAGUGUUGAUGCAACAUACAGAAGUUACGGCUACGAGGUUGCCGCCAUGUGUUAUUGUAUCCUUCGACCAUAUGCCUCUUCCAGGAUCUGUCACCCUUCCUCCCCAGGAGGGAAGUUCAAACAUUAGCAGGUUUGCAGAAGACGGGCAGUUUUAUAGACCAACACCUGCAGAGACAGAUUACAAUUGGAGGGUAAUUGCAGCUUGUCAGCGGAAGAUGCUCUAUGUCAGGGGAGGUCAAGCACAGCAAGGUCAUUGGCCUAUACCGGAGGCAUUUUGGCCAGAUCCGACUCACCCCGCUAUCCCUCCAAGAGAAUCUCAUCCAACGAUAUCGUAUAAAGCUGUCGAUGCGGAUCCUUUUAUACCUCCAAAUUUCACUUCUGACAGAUACGAGAUUGAAUCCAAUCCAAUUAUGGGGUUCCUUCUCAAGGCACCGACAAAUGUUUGCUGGCAAGUAUAUGUCAAAAACAGUAAAGGAACGAAUCAUGGCUAUGGGGAUCCUUUUGGGUAUCUGCGACUCAAUCGUGGUGGGACUUCCUUAACCUUGAUUGUUCUGCCCUAUAACUAUCCGGUUCUUUGGCAAUUACUAGAUCAAGUGGCGAAGGGGGGUUCAAAUAAAAUACCACCUUUGCCGCAGUGGCGCCUGGACAUAGAACGCUAUUGCCUCAGUAUCCCUUCUUAUUAUGGGGCACCGCUACGAGCGGCAUUGAAACGAUGGGGCUUGAAUGCCCAUGUUGUUCCCGAUUCUAUGGAGAACUCGCUAGUUUCUGGAUUUGUCGGUCAGCAGCUAAAACGCUUGAGAUUACAAGCUAAACAAGACUUGGAUGACGAUAUGAAGCGAAUACUGACUGAGCAACAAUUGCUGGGUGUAAAUACUGGCUCGAAUACGACUUUCAACUAUCAGGGGAGGAUUUUACCAUUAGAAUCAACGACGAGCACCGAAGCGCCACCUGGCUUUAGCAGUGGCACUAACGCAGGUGCUGCGAACAACACGGCUUCGACACCAUUGCCAGCAACUCCGCCGUGUCGGGGUGUAGGCCAUGGUGAUCAGCUCGGUGCGCGGAAAGGUUGGGAGGCACUUAUUCCUAACGGACCUUCCACAGCUACAGGAAUUCUUGCUAUCACAUCAGCCGGAUCAUAUGGUGGCCAGGGAACUCAAAAUUUACCUGCGUAUGGGUCUACUAUAGGAAACCAGAACAGCGACAAUAUUUCAGCUUCUGCCAGUAUUGGAGUUAUGAAGGACAUUCCCCUUUUCAAGAACCCAUUUGAUGUACCUCGUGACCAGCUUCUAAGGCAGUUGCAGUACCUGCCCAUCCGCAUCGCAGUCGCUAUGGAUACCCGCCAGAGUCGAAGAAUGGACAAUGGAAAGGGAAAAUCGUCAGCGAUAAGUGUGCUUGCGGCUCGCUUAGCAGCGAAGGAAGAAGACGAAGCACGCCACUCGUUGCCAAUAGAGAAGAUGGGCGACUUUAACGAAGCCCUUAUGAAGCAGCAACCUCCAAGAAACCCAUUCGCAGAAGAGCAGGAUCGUACCAAGCAGCAAAGGACAAUGUUCGGAAAUCCGUAUAGACAAGAAAAGAAUGAUGGUGCAGAUGAAGCUUGGAUGGAAGGUCCAGGGGGACCUCUUUUUCGAGGAAGAAAGAGAAGGCGCCGCCAAGAAUCUCCCAGCGCUUCCACGUCGUCCCUUUCUAGUUCAGGUUCUGCAGUAGAUGGCAAUUCUGAAGCAGGUUCAGCUAAUGCUGAGGUUACUUCUCCUGCCAGGACUUUGCCAGAAUUACAGCCAACAAGCUCGGAUGGUCUUCGAAACACACUUAUUACGACUGGAACGAAAGUUUAUGAACGGCUGAGUGAUUCAAGGUCUACCGACGUGAACGAAACUAUCAUUCCAACCGAAAGUAGAGAUUCUCCCAUGACCGAUGCAGUGAUGGCAGAGGAAAAUGUGGAUGGCAGGAAAGUUCACGGAUCGUUUGUUGGAGAUAAGCAAUCUGUAACAACUUCGUUAGAUUUUCCAACGGCGUCGUCUGAGAGUUUGGAUAUCCCAGCUGGUGGAGAUUUGUUAGAGAGACUUCACGCAGCAUCGGAGGAGCCUACACGCUGUAUCAAAAGGAGGCGACUUGUACAUAAUACUCCUUUAGGCACGGAGAAGGAUAGACAAGAAGUUCUUAGCUUCUUGUUAACUAUCGUUAGAGCACUGCGAUAUUCAAAACCAAGCAAUACCCAGAAGCUUUUUGAGCUUCUUUCUUCACCAGAUUUCCCUGUAGACAAGACCAACUUUUUGGAACAGCUUAUUGUUCAGGCGGAAAAGUAUAAUAAGAUUGCAGUGGCAAAAGAGCUGGUCGAUUAUCGGAAUCAGUUAACCAACAGUGCCACUGUCAUAUCAGAGAAGGCGUAAGUCAUCUUUGAUCGUUUGUCAGCACGCUAGUUCUAAUUUUCUGGCACGAGGACAAUCACAUCUAGUUCAUUCAGCAAGAUGAAGGAAGCUGCUCCUUAAUGCGCAACGACUCUUGGUCUAAUACAUGUAUACAUUGAGCUCUAAGUCCCCACUUGCUGGCGCCGUUCACACGUCGGAAAAUAGAAUAGUUAGAUGGAGAGUAAUUACUGACGCCUUCACAUUGUAAAACCACUGAAUAUACACCCUUGAGAUUCACUUGGGUGUAUCAAUUUUGCUACAUGUGCAUCACAAAUCACUGUCAAUUCUAACAGCAAAGCGAACAAAUCAUAUAUAAAAGUAAAUUCAAAUGUAUGAGUUGCGUAUAUUAUGAACUUGUCUGCCAAGCCGCAAAGCUGGCAUUUGUCGAGGUACAGUACCACAUGACUGUUGUCGUGUGAAUCAUCCGAGAAGGUAACGGUUUUGUUGCACUUUGUUUAUGUUCACCGUGGAUGUGGGCAUGGCAGGCCAUUCAGGAGUUCAUUAGCUUUUCACUUGUGGACAGUAUUACUCAGUUGUACAUAGUGAGAACAGAGUUUGCUACUUGCAACGGCAAUCUAUAGUUUGGCAGAUUGUUUGUCCUUCGACUUCACG